CAGCUUUUACUUUCUUGUCUCUCUGUCAGCUUCUUCAUACCUGGCUGCUACCAUCACUCUCCUUCUAGCCUAGCUACCUGGUGCUUCAGAUCCAUCGCAGCCAUGGGUGAGACAAAGGUCACAAUAAUGGUGAUAAAGGUGGAUCUUCAAUGCGAAAAGUGCUACAAGAAGAUCAAGAGAGUGCUCUGCAAAUUCCCUCAAAUUCGAGACCAGAUAUACGAUGAGAAGAAUAACACAGUGACAAUCAAGGUGGUAUGUUGUAGCCCUGAGAAGAUCAAAAUGAAGAUUCGCUGCAAAGGAGGUGACUCUGUCAAAGGCAUUGAGAUUGUUCCCGAGAAGAAACCUGAAAAGCCCAAAGAACCAGAGAAGCCCAAACCAGCACCACCACCACCAGAGAGGCCCACAUCACCACCACCACCGAGGCCCAUAGUAGCAGAGAGGCCCAAAGCAGCAGAGAAGGCGCCUCAGCCGGUACCACCGGUAGCGGCUUUCCCAAUUGGGGUGUGUUGUGUGGAGUGUUAUGGAGGAAGAGGCGGUGGGCCGUGCUACGAGGGAUAUGGAUAUCCGCCGCGGGUUUAUGAUGGGUAUCAUGGAACACCAGUUUAUGACAGCUGGGGCGGAGGUGGCUAUCCCGUCAGCAGAUGUGGAGAAAAUUCGUCCAUCUGCUCAAUCAUGUGAACACAACACCACACCCCGUCAGCCAGUCUUUGUGUUUUGGGUUAUUUUUCAAUAAAUAUGAAUGGGGGGCUUAGGAUAUUGUUAAGACUUAAGACGGGAUUGAUAAUACGAGAGAAUAAUAAAGAUUUUGCAUGAUAUUAUUAUGACCAAAA